UCCAUCCCCUCAGGACUGGGUUUGAAUUGCUUUUCAUCUGGAGUGGCAAUGAUUCAGCGACCCCCUUCUCAGCAGCAGGCAGUGACAGAGACAGGAGACGAAAAACACAGCGAAUGAAUCAGACCCCCAGACCUUCCGCUGAAGACACCAGUUUAGACUAACGGAAGAUACACUGACAACUGAGAAUAGGAGAGACCCUUCCCUUCCUGCUGCUGCCCUUCAGCCUCUGUAGGGAUUCCAGUCUUCCUGACCUGUAUGGGAGAGAACUCUGGAAAGCAAGCAGCUUCCUCUUCAUGUCCGAACCUGCCACAGGUCUAACAUGGCCUCUCUUCAGACUCUACUCCUCUUGGAAGCCCAUCGUGACCUUCCCAGUCUGCAUUUUAUUCUUAUAGCUGUAGUUGAGAUAUAUUCAUGAUUCAAGAUGGUGAUGUCAGUCUGUUUGGUUGGGGAAUGGCCAAAUUGUUGUGAAGCACUGUCAACUCAGAUCUUGAAUCAACUUCAAGGUUCCUUUUCAUGGAGAAUGGUAUUUAGAAUCUCCAGGACCUUGCACUGACUUGGCAACUUUGCUGGACAACACGUAGGCGUUAUAUUUUUAUGCGGCCAGAAAACAACUGCAGCGAUUGCGGUUCCAGAGCAAUAUUGUCAUUUGGCGACAGACCUCCCUAAAGUGAAUUAUGUCUUUGUAUGCAAUCUACUGAUGAACAGAAAAGAAAAAAGACUUCUCUUCCAGCCAAGAUGAAAGACACACAAGCCACUCAGGAAAUUUCAGCGGUCCUGCAGAGUGAAGUCCAUGAGCAGGAAGAUAAAAUGGAAAAUCAAGCGCAACUUGAAGACACACGUGACGAUCUCCCAAAGACACAGCGAUCUUUAGUACAUUUUUUUCCAACGUCAACGGAUUCAGAUACCACUACACUGCCAUGUUCACAGUCAUUAUCCAAUGAAACACCUCUCAGUUACUAUCUGUCUAGCCCUCAGGAUAGUGGAGUAACUUUAUCAACAAUUGGGCCAAAGCCUCUUAAACCUGCUCUAGUGAACCAUUCCCAAUCAGAAGACAGCUUGGGACUCAACAACUUCAAAAUUCCAAAGAAACACACUAUGCCGGUCCUUGCUUCUCAGCCAGCUGUGAUUGGGGAAGGGGAGGAUUAUUUCCUGUCUUUGUUUGGUGAUUCAAAGAAACUUGUGCACUCAUUCCACACCAAGAAAAUUUGGAAGCACUUUUCUAUGAUUCUUGAAGAAGUGGGCCAAUCUAGAUCCAGUGCUCUUGGAGACAUUAAAAUAGCUGACGUGAAUGUCAAAGGUUUAUGCGUGAAGCUCAUUAACUCUUCCCUUGACAAAGAACUGGAAAUUGGAAAUCAUAUUCUCCAACAAAAUGUGGAUGGACAAACAGUCUCUCUGUACCAGUUCCUUCCCAAUAUCAUAAUGCAGGCCAAUUCCACGGUAACAGUCUGGGCAGCAGCAUCUGAAGCAAAGCACCAGCCACCGUCAGAUUUUCUUUGGAAGGAACAAAACAGAUUUAGGACAAGCCCAAAUUGUACAACAAUCCUGUGCAAACCUAAUGGUGAAGCUGUUGCCUGGUACACUCCUAUUCACUGGAAGCAAGCAUGGGAGAAAUUAGAGACUGACAUUGAAUGUGACAGAUGCUCAGUAGUAAGUCCAACAUCUCAAAGGCACAUGUUUCAUUGGCCAGCAGCUACAACUACAACUAAAGAAAAACAAGAUCAAUCUAAGAAAGAUAUCUCAAAAUAUCAGGUGGAACGAGUUCGAGCUUCUCUUACAAGAGAAAAAGAAAUCCCACCAACCCUUUUCCCCAAUCGCAGCCCUUGGUGCCACAGUCCCAAUGUCUCUGCACACCCUUACUGUCCCCUGAUUGAUCCUCACAACACCUACAUGACUGAACGCAGCUUAGACAGACAGCCCAGGUCUCAGUCAGCCAAGCCUGAUCCAGCCAGAGAUCAAGGAAAAACAGGACGUCUGAGUUACAAAAGCAAUAGGCAGUCAGUUCAACUUUUAAAGGACAAUAAUAUCCAAGUCUAGAGAACAACACAAGGAUGCUUGACAUGACGCAGCCUGCCUUCCACACAGGAGAGGAAGCCAGCAGCAAGCGAGAACGUGGUUUCUUUUAGAAAAGAUAAUUCCUCAGGACUUUCCUGUAACCAUUUCUUAAAGCAGGAGAGAGAGUUUGUGGACAAGUUAAAAUAUUUGUUUUCUAGGCUGUUAUGAAGAAAAACAUUGGUCAAAAGCAAAACCAUCACUGUUUUCAUUUUAUGCACGUGAAGUUUCCCAGUCACUAAUUUCAGUCUUUUAUACCCUGCCCAGCUGUUAGGUCGACAACUUCUGCCAUUUCUGCAGAUGCAUUUUCCAAAAGCACAUGUUUCAGGAAUUCUGAAUCUUGUGGUCUGAUUCUCUACACUUGGAAUCUGUCUCCCGAAAGCAUGCGUUAAUCUGGUUUCCUAAUGGCUGGAAGUAAUAGAUGAAGUUUCUGUGGAGUAACUAGUUGGGAGUUUUUAAACCUGCCUACAUGCAACUCAAAUUCAGCCAAAAUAAUCUCUUCCACCUCGUGAUACUAGGUACAAAAUUCCACAGAUAGGAAAUGCCAAGAGUGUUUUAAUUAAAUAAUCUGAUAGAGCUACUUUUUUUUUUUUUUUUUUUACAAUUCUCACUUCUUAGUCUUUGGAGAUCUUAUUCUAUACCCAUCAAGAUACAGAAGCUGAAAAACUAAUGAGCUUGCUCAUUUUUAAUGUUGACCCUCUUUAUAGGCAGAAGGUAUGAUUGCUUCAGUUUCUGAGAACAAAUCCUCUCUAUACCUGGUAGCCCAGGUUAAUUUAAUUUAAUUUCUGUUUAUUUAUAUAACAUAUGCAGGAAGAUGGGGCAUAUACAGUCUUGGAAUGUGAGAAGGAGCAAGAAAAGUGAGGACCUUCCCCCAAUAUAUUCUGUUUAAAAAAAUAAACGUAAAAUAACCCCAAAAAUGAUCAUUAGUGGUGAUCAUUGAGUUUUGUUUUAUUAUAUCCAAAUAUCAAGGGCUAAAAAUACUUUAUUUUUAAAAAGUCAUGUGCCAAGGAACUCAAACAUAUACGUAUACCAAUAUUAAUAGCAGCAUUAUUCAUGAGACAAAAGGUGAAAACAACCCAAGUGUCCAUCAGCAGAUGAAUGGAUUUUUAAAAUAUGGUAUAUACUCAUAACAGAAUGUUAUUCAUCCAUUAAAAAAAUAAAAUGCUAAUAUAUGCUACAUCAUGGGUAAACCUUGAAAAUAUUAUGCUAAGUGAAAUAAGCCAGACACAAAAGGACAAAUAUCCUGAUUCCAUUUUUCCGAGGUAUUUAGAAUAGGCAAAUUCAUAGAAGUGGAAAUUACAAUAGCUUUUUACCAGGGGUCAGCAAGAGGAGAAUGGGCAAUUGUUGUUUAAGGGGUACAAAAUCUCUGUUCAGGAUGAUGAAAAAUUUCUGGAAAUAGUGCACAAUAUUGUGAAUGCACUUAAAAACAGUUAAAAUGGUAAAUAAACAAAACUCUAGUAAAUCAGAUUGGUAUUUCCAAGAUGGAAGGAAAGCCAUAUGCCAGUCUAAAGCAUCUGAGAAGAGUUAUAUUUCUUGACAAAAUAAUUUGUCAUAUGCUUUUUGGUUUGAGACAAAAAGGAUUCACAUUUAACUCAUACGUAAUGAUGAAGCACAAAUAUUUUCUAGUCACCAAGCCACACUGAUCACAUUAUUUCUUUAGUCUUUGGACACUUAGGAGUAGACUUCUACCUUUUCAGACAACUCUCAAUAACACCUUAUGUCACUUUGAACCAUUAUGUAUGAUCUUUGAAUCACACGUUGGCUAAAUUGUGUAGGCUCUUCUCUUUCAUAGUUACCAUAGAAACUGUGUAGUCACGGUAUUUCAGGAGACAACAAGAGCAUCCGAGAGUGUACAAUCAAAGUUAACUUAUUUCAUGGUUCAUAAUUUCUUCCAGCUGCCUCCAUCUGUGAUUAUCAUGUUCAAGUUGGGAGUAUAAAUGUACAACCCAAAGGGCUCUGGGAACUAAAGCCAAUAAGCGAGCUCACCCGUGCAGGCAUCCCUCCCAACCUCCUUCCCUCAAAGAUUUGUGAUAGAAACACAUAAAAGAAAUGGCAUGUGAGCCUCAGGUGUUUCCAAUUAUUCCCCUCGAAUGAGGAGAGGUUUCCUAAUCCAAAACAUAUUUCAGCUCAAAUAGUCUUCCUUAUAGUUGAAGAUUGUGUAGCUUCAGAAGAAUUUCAUCUACAUAUCUGAUUCAUUGACACUUCAUCAAUAAUAAUAUCCCCUCUGAGAUCUUCUGUAAGAACGCUUCCUCUCUGGGUGGUCAAAAAUAUGGUGCAUUUAAGUAUUGCUUGUUUUUGUGAAGCGAACUCUCAGAAAGUGUAUAACCUUUUGCUCUUGCAAGAAAAAGAGAAAUAAAUGCUCAGUGUGGUAGAUUUCUUGUCAGUGACAUCACCAUGGAGUGUUCUAGCACAAGCCUCAACUAUCUUCCUGCUCAAGGGCUAUCAGUCUCUCUAGAACAGUAUAGGAAGGGGAAGAAUGACCUACCUCUGCUGGUAUAAAUCAUUAACUACCUAAGUGGUAAUACUCAGGCAAGACUAUUCAGGGAUUACAAAGAAAGAAUGUGGGUUUGGAGCAUUUUGUUUUCCUAAGUUUCUGAAUGAAAGGUAUAAGAUUGAUCAUUUAGGCUUCAGCAGCCUUAGACAGCAGUGAGCUUUAUCUCAUGGUCCCAGAAAUUUGCUACUUCGUUGUUGCCUCUGCAAGUUGGUGGCAGCACUCUGCUUAUAAUCAUCUUACAGGAGUAGUGAGGGUUAUUUCAUAAAACAUCCGAGUAAUGAUCAUUGUUAAAUAAUAUUCACUUGGUUCUGAAGAACCUAGGGGCAGGACAGCAAUAAAGACGCAGACCUACUAGAGAACGGACUUGAGGA